AUCUCUUCUCUCCAACCUCCAGCAGCUCUCGCCCUCCCAACAACUCUCUUAAAUAGCCUCUCUAGAAGUCUAGAUCACCGGUCAUGAUCCGCCCUCCCGCCUUGCUAGAUUCAUCAAGCUGCUGGAACACAAACCACAGCCAGCAGCAGCUGCAGCAAAUCGGCAGUAGCACUCAUAACACUGCUACUCCACCUGCUGGUCCUGGUGAUGGUGGAGGCAGCAAUCAGGAAGGGUUUAUGGCCACGGCCUGGGCCGGAGAGGGUUGUGGUGCUGGGGAUGGCGAUGGAGGCGAGAGCGGGAAUCGCAAGCCGAUGUCCAUGCCAGAGCGGGCACGGCUGGCGCGGGUGCCGCGGCCGGUACCGGGGCUCAACUGCCCACGCUGCGACUCCACCAACACCAAGUUUUGCUACUUCAACAACUACUCCCUCACCCAGCCUCGCCACUUCUGCCGCGCCUGCCGCCGCUACUGGACCCGCGGCGGUGCGCUCCGAGACGUGCCCACCCGCCGCCACGCCAAGCGCAAGGACAAGCCCAAGACGGCAUCGUCCGCCUUGGAAGCCACUGCGGCAGGGAUGUUGUCUGCGACGUCGACGAUUCCCAGCAGUACAUCUUGUGCCACCGGCACCGCGCCGCCCGGCCUGCAGUACUCCAUGUUUGGCAGCGGGUUCGCCAACAGCUUCGACCCAGCGACCCUCAGCCCCAACUUUCAUGCCAGGCUGCUCUUCGCGGACAGCGACGCCUACGGGGCGGACGGCUGCGCGCAGCAGUACUACCACCAGGCCCACGUGAACGGGAUGGAGCAGUGGGCGGCGGCGCAGAUGGACAGCUUCCCAUUCAUGCACGCCAGGGAUCAUCAGAUGUCCGGACCGCCAACUGACGCAAUGCCCAUCACGGUGGAGGCAAUGCAGGGCAUGUGGGCGGAGCUAGAGCUAAAGUUACCCUGAUGCACCACCUAACCACACCGUAAAAUUUCAAGCAACGAUGUAUUUAAUAAGGGUGUAUUUCACAACUUGUAACACGGAAUUUGGGA